CUAUCUGACUUCACGCUGGAAAUAGUAGUAGUGCAAGUGCAAGCCCAUUAGAUAACACUGUAACCAUAUUCUUAAAUAUGUUCUUAAAAGCAUGUGUGUUUUAGGAGACAGAAAAACAUCAUGUCAUAUGUCAGUUUGUUGACAGUGGUCUGUCAAUAUCACGCAGCUAGCUCAGUUAGCAUAGCAUGAGACUCAAAGGGCGGUGUAAGCCUAAAGAUCCAUUGAUCGGCAUUAUAGACCAUUUCAGGUUCUGAUCUGGAGUCAGCGAUCACUGAUCACCAAGUUCCCACCUUUGCCAUGAUUGCAGGUUAGGUGUGAAGAAACACCUACGCAGCACAAUGUCUGCUCUGGUGAUCACCAUAUCAGUACUUCUGAUUCUUGCUUUUUUAUUUAUCACACUCUUUAGAUGGUUGGUCAGCAGUUUGGCCGUACGGUUUUUCCAAAACGUUCUGAAAGCUGAGCUCAAGAUCAAUUCUGUGGGUCUGUUCUCAGUGAGUGGAAUCAGUGUUCAAUUUCAGCCUCAACAUACUCUGGAAAUUGACAAGAUAUGGAUUUCUUGUAAAAUAGUUAACUCUGAACAGCCGAGGUUCUUGGCAUUAUGUGUGGGGGAAGCCCAGGUGCGAUUUGAUCUGCAGGAGCCCUUCAGGCCCCGGGCAUCCAGAAGCACAGAUGAGAAUUCACAGAGAACUCCUAUCAGUCCAUCCGCCCUGCACUUCUUGUCUCAGCUGCUGUCAUUUCACAUUGACUCCAUUAAUGUGAUGGUGUUGAAUCUGGCGCUGCCUGAAUCUCUUUGGCAUAUGACUUCCUCUGCUAUUACUCUGCUGCUAGAUCAUCAAAGUAGAAGGUUGGCCUGGGACUUCACAGUGGGACAGCUCAGCAGUAAAGUUUUGAAGAGCAGCAGGCUGCAGGACAUAUGUCUUGCUGAAGUAUCCCUGAGUUUGGCCCUGAAGGGUGACGUGAGUCUACCUGAUCUGAGGCCAGGCCGGCUGGGACUGAGUGUGAGAACCCUGCUGGCUGAACUUCAUGAAGGCCUAUUCCUCAGCCAGUUAUCCAUGCAUCCUGUAACCACUUCAGCACACUGCCCCAGUUAUACAGCAGAUGAUGAAGAGUACUCAUAUUUCCAAACAGAGGCUAUUGAGCACCUUCACAAACUUGUUCCUCAGAAGGUCGAUAUUGAUUUUGAAAACACUAACAUCACGCUUUCCAUGCACAGUCAGAAGAGACAUUUGAACUGGACUCUAAAGUCUUUGAAGGUGGGUUAUGAUCGGGACGAUGAACAGGUUCCUUUAAGGAGCUUCAGCCCUGAGCUCAGUUUCCCACAGAGCCGCCUGGAGCUUCUGCUGGAGGAUGGCCUUCUGCUCUCGCAAAGUAGACAAAGAAUUAUAUGUCUCAACACCCUGAAAACUAUACUGCAGGUGACAUCUGUUGACAUCUCUAGCACGGUGACCAUCAAUACUUGCAUCAUUCACUAUCGCCACCAAGAGUUCUCCCAUUGGCUGGCCAUAUUGUCAUGGGACUGGCUGUCUCACAAAAAAGCACCACAUAAAAAAAGACGGUUCCCUCAGCUGGACGCCCCUGUGAUGAUAAACUCCUCGGUGUCCAAUGUUAAUGUGUCUGUGCAGUUAGGAGAUACGCCACCAUUCGCAGUGGGCUUCAUUUCGGCCAGCACUGAACUGCAGCACUUAUUAGACUGCUGCUCUGAAGAGGAAGGCGUAACUGUGACUAAGAAAGCCUCUCUGACCCUGGAUCAUUUCUGGUGGCGUGUGGGCCAAGGUUCUCAUAUCCAGCAAGCUCCACACCCACCUGGAAAACAUGUCUGGGGGGAGGCUCUUAUCCUAGACUCCCUUACACUGCAGGGCAGCUAUAGCAAAUCGAGAGUGGUGAACUCCAGCCCAUCUGGGAAUGUUUGUGUGGAGUCCAGUCUGAAAGGCCUCCAGGUGGAGGUGUCAGAGACCUGCACUUUGUGUCUGUCACGCCUGCUUUCCAUCCUAAGAUUGGACAAAGGAGAGAGCGCCUCGUUGCAAUCCAGUCUUGGAACGCCGCCGGUUUGCCUGCCUCCACUUUUUCAGUUCAAGUUCGGCCUUGAAGAUGUUAACAUGUUUACACUCUCCAGUGUUGCAGGUGCUGUCACACUGAGAGUAGAUGCAGUGGGAGCUGAGGGAUCGGGUGGGAGCACAACAGUGUCUGUACAGGGUGUUUCUCUAGUUGUGGUAAAGGCCCUCGUUGAGAGCUUGGAGCCCUGCUGCCUGGCCGCCCAAACACCCAAUCCGAUACUGACCCUCACUGCUUUCAACAUCUCCUACCACAAUAACACCUGCUGUCUGGAGGUACGCAGUGAAACCGCUUUAACAAUGAAGUGGACCCCAUCAGAUCACAUGUUCUUGUAUCAGCACAUAACUGAGAGCCAAAGCUAUUGGAACACAUUUUAUGCAUCUCUGAAACUACGACAGAACGUUGGAGAACAUUCCACAGGUUCCUCCUCCAGCCUGUUAGUGUGUAUAGAGAUAGCAUGCACACGGUUCACUGCCCAUGUGGCCGAAAAGAACUUCAUCAUUUUUAGCACAGAAGCUCUUUCCCUCUCCAGGAGUCCUGGAGCCGUCAUCAUGAAGACACCUCACCUUGUCUUCAACUUCGAUGGCAAUGAUAUCUUUUCCUUCACUGGGGCGGAGGUGCAGAUGUUGGAUGACCUCGAUGAUAUGCUCCACCACAGAAGUUCUUUCACUUUCCUCCAAACAACCCGAAAUCGUACCUGGCUCUUCACCGCCCCUAACCUUGCCAUUGAGUUCCCUUACCAGUACAACUUCUCGGAGACAUUCGACAAGGCAAUCAGUGUGCAGAAGUGGCUGAAGACCCUACAUAGAGCUGCCGUCCAACCAGUAGAGUCACAAAAUCUGCCUCCGGACCUCCUCAUCCGCAUCAACCAGUUCUCCUUCGUGUUCCUGGAUGACGUCUUUGAAAUCAAACUCCGGGACAAUUACGAGCUAAUGAAGGACGAAAGCAAGGAGAGUGCCAAGCGCCUGCUGUUGCUGGACAAGAAGGUGGCCGACCUACGCAAGCAGCAUGGCGAACUGCUUCCUGCCCGUAAGAUCGAGGAGCUUUACACUUCCCUUGAGCGCAAACACAUCGAGAUAUACAUUCAGCGCUCCAGGCGGCUUUACGCCAACACACCCAUGCGCAAGUCCCUACUCACUUGGACGGUGUCUGAGCUGGAGCUGGUGGCUCUGGCUGAUAAGUCUCUACAUGGGCCUGAGCAGAUCAGAGAACAGCUGAGGGACAUUGAUGGCAUCAGCCCCUUUCCUAGAGACGGUCUACAGCUGGUGGUGCAGUGGAGUCGUGCUUUUAAAUUCAAACUCACUGCAUUUUUGGUGCGGAUCCGGGAUUUCCCACGAUACCUGUUUGAGAUCAGAGAGUGGGCGCUGUCAGGGCGUCUGAUGGGUACCGAGCAGGACGGGCAGGUAAGAGCAAAGCGCAAACAGAUCGUUCAGCUCGGCCAGCCGUGGGGUGACGUGACCGUCUACAGGAAUAUGCCUCCACUGAAGUUCUACUACGACAUUCAUUCCAACAUCUCCCUCUACACUAUUGUGUGGGGGCCAUGCUGGGAUCCUGCUUGGACGCUGAUCGGUCAAGCCGUUGAUUUACUGACAAAGCCAACAGCUGACCCCUCCCCCCUGUUGACCUGGUGGGAUAAAAGUCGACUCCUUCUGCAUGGCCGCUGGGUCAUGGACAUAGAACAAGCCAACUUACAUCAGCUUGCUACUGAGGACCCUUACAACACUACAGAGAAUCUUCAUUGGGAGUGGAACAAGCUGUACUUUGACUGGAACCCUGGACAGUUUGUCUUUAAGGGUGACCUGGAUGUUAACGUUAGAACAGCUUCCAAGUAUGAUGAUAUCUGUUUUCUGCAUCUCCCAAAUCUCUGUAUGACCCUUGACUUCCAAUGGCUGUGCCACGGCAAUCCACACGACCACCACGCCGUAAUGCUCUGCGCUGCAGAGAACGUUGCAGAUGUAACUUCAGGACAGCCUCACGACUCCUACAGGGCCUUCCGUUCUGAAAACCUCAAUCUUUCCAACACCAUGGAACUUGACCGGCGUGGUGGGAAAGAACCCUGUCAGCCCAGAAUCCUCCUGUACAGCAGCACGCUGCGCUGGAUGCAGAACUUCUGGGCCACCUGGACCAGUGUUUCCCGGCCCAUUUGCAGAGGCAAGCUCUUCCACAGUCUCCGGCCAAACCGCAGGAAGCUCGGCCAGCAUUACAAACAAAUGUCCUACACAGCGUCAUUUCCACAACUACAGGUUCAUUACUGGGCUUCUUUUGCUCAGCAGAGAGGCAUUCAGUUAGAGUGUAGUAAGGGUCACGUCUUCACCAGAGGAGCACAGAGACUGAUUCCACAGGCUGGUACUGUGAUGAGACGGCUGAUCUCAGAGUGGAACGUCACUCAGAUGGUAAGCGAACUCUCUCUGGUGACAGUGCACCUCAUGGCUUCCACAUGGGACGAGACUGCUGACCAUCAGAUUAACGCCCAGGUGAAGAAGACACAUCUGCUCAGCCUGUCUUCACUCAGCUACCAGAGACAGAGCGUCCGAAUAGAGGAGGAGGUGAACUCUAAAGAUGAGGGCAAUGCUUCAUAUACACACAAGCUGUGUUUAGUGGACCUGCGAGCAUCUUGGACCACCACCAACAGGAACAUUGCCUUUGGGUUGUAUGAUGGUUACAAAAAGGCAUCUGUGUUGAAGAGGAACCUUUCCACUGAGGCUCUAAAGGGUCUGCGGAUCGACACUCAGGCCCAGAUGAAAAAGCUGAAGAGAUCAAUGUCCAACUAUUCUCCAAACACGGCUCCAGCAACACCAGUUGUCAACGCAACAGCCCGUGCAGAGAAGAGUCAUAAUGAAGGGACGUCCAUGCUACAGAGGCUGAUUGAAGAGACCGAUAAGUUUGUAGUGUUCUCAGAAGAAGAUGCUGGUGUGUGCGACCAGCUCUGUGGAAUCGCAGCAUGCCAGACCGAUGAUGUGUACAACCGCAACUGGUUCAUCGAGCUUGUCAACUGUCAGAUGAUGCUGCGUGGCACAGAGACGGCAGGCUGUGUUCUUGUGUCUGCUGCUAAAGCUCAACUACUCCAGUGUGAGCAUCAUCCCGCUUGGUACAACGACACGCUCAAGCAGAAGACCACCUGGACCUGUCUGCUGGAUGGCAUGCAGUACUUUGCUACCAUGGAGCAAAACCCCUCAGAACAAGAGGAAUGGCAGCUGUGGCUGGAGGUAAAAAAUAUUGAGGAGCACAGGCAGAGAAACCUAGACUCUGUGCAAGAGCUGAUGGAAAGUGGUCAAGCUGUUGGAGGCAUGGUCAGCACAACCACAGACUGGAACCAGCCAUCCCAGGUGCAAGAGACCCAGCAGGUCCAGCGUAUCAUCUCUCGUUGUAGUUGUCGCAUGUACUACAUCGGCUACAGUCAUGACAUUGACCCUGAGCUGGUCACCUCCAUCAAACCACCAGAGAUUGGUGACCGCCAUGAGAAAGAAGACCUUCUAAAGAAACAAGCUGGAGCUGUCGACACCUUUACCCUCAUCCACAAUGAUCUGGAGAUUUCCACCAAUCCAGUGCAGUACUCCAUGAUCUUGGAUAUAGUUAAUAACUUACUACUCCACGUGGAACCCCGACGAAAGGAACACAGUGAGAGAAAGCAACGUGUACGUUUCCAGCUGGAGAUCUCCAGUAACCCUGAGGAGCAGCGCAGCAGUAUCUUGCACCUCCAGGAGGCCGUACGGCAGCAUUUGGCUCAGAUCCGCUGCCUGGAGAAACAGAUUUACUCCAACAUGAGGUCCCAGUCUGAAGAGUUCAGAGGAGAUGAGCUGUCAGAUAUCAACCUGCGUCUGCAGAAUCAGCUCAACCAAGAGAAGACGGACAUGCAGAUGAAGAGCGAAGAGCUUAACAUUCUAAUACGGUGUUUUAAAGACUUCCAGCUCCAAAGGGCAAACAAACUGGAGCUGCGGAAACCGCCGGAGGACGUCAGCGUGGUGCGUAGGACUGAGAUCUACUUCGCUCAGGCUCGCUGGUGUCUCACGGAGGAAGACGGGCAGUUGGGUAUUGCUGAGCUUGAGCUACAGAGAUUCAUGUACAGCAAGUUGAAUAAGUCUGAUGACACGGCAGAACAUCUUCUGGAAUUGGGCUGGUUCACCAUGAAUAACCUACUUCCUAAUGCUGCUUACAAGGUGGUUUUGCGCCCACAGAGCCCCUGCCAAUCAGGACGCCAGCUUGCACUCCGCAUCUUCAGUAAGGUCCGCCCCCCAGUGGGAGGGAUCUCUGUCAAGGAACACUUUGAGGUUAAUGUGGUCCCAAUCACUAUUCAGCUCAUGUAUCAGUUCUUCAAAAGGAUGAUGGGAUUUUUCUUUCCUGGAAGAAAUGUGGAGGAAGAGGAAGUUGGGGAUGAGGAAGACAAGUUCAGACUGGUCACUACAGGUGUCGCUAAACCCAGACAGCUUUCUGAAGACUCCAUAGGUGGGCAUGGGCCUGGUAAAGGGGUCGCACAAGGGUUAAAUCGAACAGCUGGGGUCAGGAGGUCAUUUCGCAAGCCACCUGAGCAUCCUGUUGAUGAUAUUGACAAGAUGAAGGAGCGAGCAGCCAUGAAUAACUCCUUCAUCUACAUCAAGAUUCCUCAGGUUCCACUCUGCGUCAGCUAUAAGGGAGAGAAAAGCAGUGUAGACUGGAAAGAUCUGAACCUGGUUCUGCCCUGUUUGGAGUAUCAUAACAACACAUGGACUUGGCUGGACUUUGCUAUGGCUGUGAAGAGAGACAGUCGGAAGGCUCUGGUUGCACAGAUGAUAAAGGAGAAGCUACGGUUGAAACCAGCCUCAGGGUCAGAGUCUCGAGGUAAAACCACAGAUGGUAAAACAGACAGCAGCCUCGCACAACAGGUGGAGGAUGAGAAGGCGAGACUUUUGAUCGGAUUCAGCGCGGCCGACAAAAGCUCCACCAAAAAGAGCAUCUUUAGUCGCCGCAAGUAAAUCUCACAAACCCUUCAGCCUUGUCAUACCUUGCGCGAUAACAACCAACGUCACCAGUGGUGCCUUCAAACGUCCAUGCUGGACAUGGACAGGCAAACCAGCACUGAGAACAAGCCAUGACUCCAGGUGCUGGUCCUGUUAUGGGAAAUGGGUUGUUCUACUGUCUAAAAUGAGUGCUGUAAACCUAACCUUCUGUUUUAUGUGCUUCUGUUGUGCCAUAAAUCAUUUCAAUGUAUUAAAAUGUUCUACGUACGGCAUUAUACAACCUUAAUAUCAAGAAAUCAUCAAUUCUAACAGAUGAAGUUUAAUGCUGGCCCACAUUUUGAUGGUUCGUCCGGCUUUCAUCUCAGCAGUAGAUUAUAAGAGAUGUGCUGAUGUCAUUCCUGCUGGUUUGGGAAAUGAGUGUGGCACCUGGAACACCCAAUUCUAUUUAUCUAUACUGGGAAACCAUAUCAUAACAUUCAGUAACAGGAAGAACCCAUUGAGUAAGAUGCCUCAUUACUGAGAAUAUAUGUAUACAUAUACAAGGAAUUUAUCCCUACAGGAGAGGAAUACACUGUACUUGAUAUCCCAUAACUUGACAUAUGUUGUACUGUACUAACUUCACUGUGCAAUACAAAAGCGAAGCGGGUUGAAGGGACAUUUCACCCAAAAUGAAAAUGAAAUUCAAACCUGCAUAGCUUUCUGACUUCUGCAGAACAAAAAAGAAAAUAUGUUAAAGAACGCUGGUAACUAAACAACACUAGCCCCCAAUGACUUCCAUUGUAUGGACACAAACCAUUUAGACAUUUCGCAAAAUAUCUUCUUUUGAGUCAUAUCAGGACAUGAGGGUGUUUAAGUGACAGAGUUUUGAUUUUGAGGUGAACUGUCCCUUUAGGGAUCCUCUGCCUGUGAAGCAGUGAUGUAGAGAAGUGUUUUAUGUCAUUUUUGCAGCCUGUUCGAUUAAUGCUUUGUAAUUUUAACACUAUGGCACUUUUUACACAAAGGAUUUUCUGAUAUUUUUGCAUUCGUGGUUAUCUUUAUCCUUUCAAUAACCUCUUCAGAUGCUGCUGAUCUUUACUCUUCAGCUUCAGAAGUGAAAGAUGUUGAUGAUUUCAGCUUGAAUGUUAAAUAAAGACCACUAUUUACAUUUCUUUUCCCCACUGUAUCCAAGCAAUGGGCUUAGUAUUGAUCUUUGUACAUAUGGGAGGUAUUAAAUGUCAACAAGCAUGUUAAUUAAUAUUUGUCAAUAAAAAGCAGACAAACUUG